AUGUCUCUUAAAUAUGACCCCGAGUUCUUCAAGGCGUUCGAGCCUCUCAUGCCGGCCAUCAGUGCCGCGCCCAAAUCGCCCGUCCACGACGUUGAAGGCCGCCGCAAAGGCCUAGAAGCCGGCUUGACCCUGCUCGCCCAGCUUAUGCCGUUCGACGCUCCAGACGUAGAACAGACAGAACACAGGUUCACGAGCGCCGCGGGCGUCGAGCUCUCCAUCUACAGCUUCAUCAAGAAGGGCUCCUCACCGACCCCCACAUCCGCUAUCCUGCACUGCCACGGCGGCGGCAUGAUCCUGGGCAGCGUGGCCACAAUGUCGAAAUCCGCCGCGUUUAGGGUCCAAGAGACCGGUGUCCCCUUCUUCAGCGUGGAGUACCGCCUCGCGCCGGAAUCGAGCGGCACGAACCUCGUCGAAGACUGCUACGCCGGCCUGGAGUGGGUGUACGCGAACGCCGCCAAAUUCAAUGUCGACACCACCCGGAUCGGCGUCACGGGGGAGUCUGCGGGCGGUGGUCUCGCGGCCGGGGUCGCGCUGAUGGCGCGCGACAAGGGCUUGACUCCGCCCCUGGCCAAGCAGAUCCUGAUCUACCCGAUGCUGGACGAUCGGAACCUGGUCCCCAACCCGCGCAUGGAGCCGUUCGUGUUCUGGUCCACCGACGACAACAUCACGGGGUGGACGGCCCUGCUUGGCGCCGACAAGGCAGGGAAGCCCGACGCCGAUGUGUCCCCUUAUUGUGCGCCCGCGCGAACCCCAUCGCUCGCGGGCCUGCCGUCGGCGUAUAUUGACGUUGGAGGGCUGGAUAUCUUCCGGGAUGAGGAUCUCGAGUACGCGCGACGGCUGGCCGCCGAGGACAUCGAUGUCGAGUUCCAUUUGUACCCUGGGGUGCCGCAUGCUUUUGAGCUGUUUGCGCCAAAGUCCGGUGUCACGGAGCGGGCGAUGGCGAAUAGGCUCAGGGCUCUGCUGAGUUUUUGA